UUCAUUCAUUUCUUCAGCAGUGAAGCCAGGGGAGCUUGGCACUGCGUCCACAUCGGUGCAGAUUCUUCUUUUGCCUCCGGGGGUGGGGCAUGGAAGACAUGAGGGGACUUCAGCAUUGCCUUCCCCCGGAGAGCGGGACUGGAGCUGGAACCCCAGAUCCUCGGGGCCCCUGUGCUGGACUGGGCCAAGGUCAAGGCCCAGGAAAGGACGGACGGGGCAAGCAAGAGGGUGCCAGACCCUGGAGACAUAAAUGCUAAAUGCCAAGGUCCCCAGGGAGAGUGGCUCAGGUGAAGAGCGCCCACUGAGCAAGUCCAAGGGGCUGGUUCAACAAAUGACGUCAAAAUGCCCAGCUCAUACAUGAUGGCGCAGGGGCUGCAGACCACACAGAACGGCCGCUUCUACGCCAUCUCUGCCCGCUUCAAGCCGUUCAGCAGCAAGGGCAAGACGCUGGUGGUGCAGUACACAGUGAAGCACGAGCAGAAGAUGGACUGCGGCGGGGGCUACGUGAAGAUCUUCCCCGCCGACCUGGACCAGAGGAACCUCAACGCCAGGUCCCCCUACUACGUCAUGUUCGGACCCGACAUUUGUGGAUUUGAUAUCAAGACGGUUCACGUCAUUUUAUAUUUCAAGAACCAGUAUCACUCAAACAAGAAACACAUCCGGUGUAAGGUGGACGCCUUCACGCACCUCUACACGCUGGUCCUGCGGCCCGACCUCACCUACGAGGUGAGGAUCGAUGGCCAGGCCAUCGAGUCCGGCAGCGUCGAGUACGACUGGCAGCUGACCUCCCUGAAGAACGUGGAGAAGGCCGAGGCCCAGGCCAGGGGUCCGGCCCGGGCACGCGGAGCCACAGCGCAGGACUGGGAGCAGCACUUCCUGGACGCCAGCGCGCCGAGCGACUGGAACAGCGAGUUGGACGGGGACUGGCAGGCGGCCAUGCUGCAGAAGCCGCCCUACCAGGACAGCCUGAGGGCCGAAGGCAUCGAUCGGGAUGUGUGGCUCCACGAGAAGAUGCAGUCGGCCAGCUACCUGCUGCAGCAGGACCUCUUGGAGUUCGAGAACAUCGGCGCCAUCGGCCUGGAGCUUUGGCAGGUGAGAUCUGGAACCAUCUUUGAUAACUUCCUGAUCACCGACGAUGAAGACUAUGCGGUGAAGUUCGGCAAGGCCACCUGGGGUGAGACCAAGGGUCCAGAGAGAGAGAUGGACGCCAUCCAGGCCAAGGAGGAGCUGAAGCAGGCGCGGGAGGAGGACGAGCAGGAGAUGCUGUCCGGCAAGUUCCCGGGGCGGCACGGCCACUUCAGCCAGUUCCCCAGGCCCGACGGCCUCUAGCCGCUGCCCGCCCGCCCGCGGGGAGGCAGCGGCGAGGCCCGCUUUGGCCUCCACCCACUUUUAAAAGCUGAUCUCUAUGUAGUCUUUUGUCUGGUUUUCUUUGCAAAAAAUGCCGCCAUGCUUCUGGGUAGGGUGAUGGCCGCCGGGCCGCCCACCAAGACACCCACCCGCGGCCUGCACCCGCCCGAAGCCGCCCGAAGCCGCAGGCCGGGCCUGGUGCAAACAUGGCGUUCUGCUAUUGGCAAUGCUGGUUUGAAUGGGGACCUGCAUUUGCCGUGCAGGUGCUCUACCACUUGAGCUAUGCCACCAGUUCUGUUUCCAGUAUGCCUCCAGUAGGUCUUGCUUUUUGUCUUGGCUAGUCAGGACGGGACCAUUCCUAGUUACCAUUUCCACAAACUGACAAAGAGACUUCUGCCAGCACACCCUAUUUGUUUUUGUGCCUGAACUGGGCCUUGAACUCAAGGCCUUGUGCUCUUGU